AUGUGACAUCUCCAUCUUUUUAUGGCUGCAUAGUAUUCCAUGGCAUACAUAUACCACAAUUUGUUAAUCCAUUCAUGGGUCAGUGGGCACUUAGGCUGUUUCCAGGUCUUGGCAAUUAUGAAUUGGGCUGUAAUAAACAUUCUAGUGCAAAUGUCUUUGUUGUAAAUGAUUUUUGAUCAUCUGGGUAUAUACCUAGUAUAGAAAUUGAAGGAUUGAAAGGUAGGUCUACUUUUAAUUCCUGGAGUGUUCUCCAAACUUCUUUCCAAAAAAGUUAUAUUAGCUUGCAUUCCCACCAGCAGUGUAGAAGUGUUCCCUUCUCUCUGCAUCCAUGCCAACAUCUGUACACUGGGGAUUUUGUAAUGUGGGCUAAUCUUACUGGAGUUAGAUAAUAUCUCAAAGUGGUUUUUAUUUGCAUUUCUCUGAUGAUUAAAGAUGAUGAGCAUUUUUUUCCAUGUGUUUAUAGGCCAUGUGCCUGUCUUCAUCAGAGAAGAUUCUGUUCAAGUCUCUUGCCCACUUAGAAAUGGGGUUAUUUAUUCUUUUCUUAUUGAUUAAUUUGAGUUCUCUGUGGAUUCUAAUUAUCAGACCUUUGUUGGAAACAUAACCUACAAAAAUCUUCUCCCAUGCUAAAGGCUGUCUGUUUGCUUUACUUAGUGUGCUCUUGGCUGUGUAAUAGCUUUUUAGUUUGAUCAAAUCCCAGUAAUGGAUUUUUGGUGUUGCUUCAAUUGCCUGGGGGCAUGGGGGGGUCCUCCUCAUAAAAUAUUCUCCCAGGCUGGUUUCUUCGAGUAUUUUCCCCACACUCUCUUCUAGUAUCGUUAUAGUUUUGUGUCUUAAGUUUAAAUCUUUUAUCCAGUGAGAAUCAAUUUUUGUUAAUGGCGAAAGGUGAGGGUCCAGUUUCAGUAUUCUACAGGUCACCAGCCAGUUCACCCAGAACCAUUUGUUAAAUAGGGAGUCUUUCCCACUUUAAUGUAACCCUAUUUCUAAUUACUAAUAUUGAAACAAAGCAAGUUACCAUGUAGAUACAGCAUUCUCACAUUCCACCAACUUCAUGAAAUGUUUAGGAAUUAUCAGUAAUAUUCAUCACCAUGUUAUAACAAAAAAACACAUCAGUAAUUAAGCUGUGUGGGUUCUAGGGUAAAUCGUUUAUUUAGUUAGUUAUAAUAAGGCCCAUGUUUAUACAGACAUGUACACAUUUUCUAAUAACAUCAUAGCAUAUGAGUAGUCUGAGAAAAUUGACUAUCUAUUAACCUUUUAAUUUUCUUAGAUUUUAUAGAUGAAAAAACUAACAUUAAGAGGUUAAAAGUUCAAGAUAUUUACAUGAAAUUAAAAAAAUAAGUUGAGCUACCCAGUGGGAUUUUUGGAUUAAAGCUCUUUUCACUAGACUUUUAUUUUGGAUUAAAGCUCUUUUCACUAGACUAGUAGUUCUCAAAUAUCUUCGGUGAGGUCCAUGAGGUCAAACUAUUUUCAUAAAAGUACAAGAUGUUAUUUGCCUUUUCACUGUGUUGACAUUUGUGCUGAUAGUACAAAUUUCACUGUAAACCUGCUAACACAAUCAAGGAAGUGGCUCCCAGUAUUUUUAGUGGUUUUUGUAUUCCUUACUGACACACAGGGACAGUAAACUCAGUUUCAUUAAAAAUUAAAGCAGUAUACAAUGUGAUGAAGCAAUGCAAGUUUUAAAUAAAAACUCAACCCCUGAAUGCAAAUUGUUUUAACAUAAAGUACUUUUGUUGCAUAUCAGAGAGUAAUGAUUGUCUCUAGAAUUAAACUGUGUAACUCCGUAAAUUGUCUCUAUGAAACGUAAGCGUUCAAUUGGUUGAAUCAAAAGCUCAACUAGCCUUCUUCUAAAGAAUACCAUUUCUAUUUAAAGGAAUGACUGACAGAUAAACUAUGGCUAUUCAAGUUGGGUAUUGAGUAUUUGAUAUUCUCAAAAAUAAAGUAAGUAAACUUAUCACUUCGAGGAAAACAAUUAACUUUAUUUGUUGCCAAAAACAAUAUUUGAAACAAAAGCUUGUGAAAACUGUAUCCAUCAGUGAGUGUUGUAUAUUCCCAAUACUUAAAGAUUUAGGUCAGUAGUAAUAUCAACACAUGUGAUUUGCUUGGGGAUAUUAUACAAAAAAAAUGUGUCAACAUUUAGAUCAGUGGUUCUCAAUCUUCCUUAUGCUGCCAACCUUUAAUACUAUCCAAAGAGGUCUUGACCCACAGGUUGAGAACUGCUGAUUUACAUCAUUGCAUAACUCAGUAAAUUAGUAUUUUCUAAAUAAUGUUUGAUGUUACAAGAUAAUGCAUAAGUAAAAAAUCUAUUACAAGAUAAACCAAUAAAUUUUAAUGAGAUAGCAUGUGAAAAGUUUACUAGUGUUAUAGAUUUCACGUUGCAACUAACAUUUAGAAAACUAUCACUUAAUGAAUUUUACUGUAAUAUCAAAGUAUGUUGUCCACAAGGAUCUGAAAUAUUUCUUUAUACAAGACAGAAAUAUGUCUUUCCAACUCCAUAUCUGUGUAUGCCUGGAUUCAAAACAAUAUGUUACAACAGUCUGACUUCAGAUGCAGGUAUCAGAAUCCAUCUUCCUGUUAACUUAGAUACUAAUAAAUUUGUCAAAAUGUGAAAAUAUACUUAUAUUCUCAUUUUUCUUUUUUGUCUUUGGAAAACACAGCUUUUUUUCAUUAAAAUGUGCCAUUUACUUUUCCAAUAAUAGUUUAUUGUUGUUUUAAAAUAAAUUAGUGAAUACAUAUUUUAAAUUUUUUAAAUUUCAAUUGCUAAUACAGCAAAUCUAAACAGAGAAAACCCAUACAAACAAAAUUUCUCUAGAGGUUUUUAUCCUUAAAAGAGUCUCGACACCAAAAAGUUCUGAGAACUGCUGCAUAGCCUAGACUCUUUACCUUAACAGAAAAUUUCAGCCAUUAAUCUUCUGACAAAGUGUAUGACAAAGUUACAACUUACACUUUUAAUUCCAUCUCUGCUAAUCCUCAACGAGAUUUUUAGAUCUUGAGCUGAUAAUAUCAAAAGAGAGUGAGAUUCUUAAAAAGUAGCAAAGUUUUUAAGAGAAGUUUCUUAAAGUCCUUUUAUAUCAUUGAUCCCUAAAAGGAUAUAAAGUCCUUUUAUAUCAUUGAUCUUUUGGAGUUAGGGAAGGGGGAAAUUUAAAUAACUAGAUUAUUACUAGUGACAGUUUACAUGUGUAAAUUCAAUGUGGGAAUAUCAGUGUUAACGGAAGAGAUUGGAAAAACUGAUUUUAUCAAUCACUCAAAGGGCUCCAACAAAUCAUGGGAACAUGUAGUUUUAUUUGUGUAGCAACUGAUAAGAUAAAAUCAACAGUGACCAGAACUCCUUUUUUAUAGUGUUAUAGUAAAUCAUUAAACAUGAAAUGAGCUUCUGAGCAAGCCCUGUUGGCAUUUCCAAUGGCAAGAGAAAUAACUCAGAGAAAUUACGAGCAUUUUUUCUCUUUGGACUGCACACGGAGCUCCGAAGUUUGUGAUACUUCCUUCUCCCUACCACCACCUAAGACUGAUCCCUCCAGGGUUUGAUGAAAAAUAGAUUUCCAAACACGCCAAACCUGCCAAACAGGAAUGAAAGCUUCCAGUGGAAGCAUCGUGUUCCCUUGAAGUAGAAGUGUUUUAGCUCCUGUGAGCAUAUUCAACUCGUGAAAAGAGGUGUGAGGUCAGGUUUCAUUUCAGGAAGAUGUCUGCUUCAGCUGAUGACAGGACAAGGCCUCUGUUUGUCUUCGGCUGAUCCAGGAAAAAUUCAAUCUUCUUUUAUAUUAUCAUCAAGGAGAUAUUUGGAUCACAGUCAACUCUCUCAAUUACAUAAAAUUUAAAAAAAUGGCAUAUUAUUGGCAAACAGAUCCAAAUCCUGAUGAGUCAGAUGAAAAGCAGUAUGAGCACCCAGAAUUUUGGUCUGUAAGUCAACCCCUUUCUUCCAGCCAAUUCAGUCUGGGUUUUGAUCAGCUAGUAGUUGAGAUCGGCAACAAAACUCCACUCUGUGAAAGUGGAAUUGAAGAAAACACCUUUUCUGUACCUGCUGCACCAAACAUGGAUUCAGAAAGUCAUUCAUUAGAUGAAACACACCAUUCCUCCUUGAAUACAUUCCCUUCUAAAAGCCCUGAACUCUGCUGGCAUCAAGGUAUGAAAACACCAGUAAUUGGUUUUAGGCCCUCUAUAUUACCUCAAAAUGUGAAUAAAGAAUGCUCCUGGGAGAACCUCAGGGGGAAAUAUCAUGGUUCUGAUGAUUCUAGAUUCAAUAUUUUAGCUCCAUCAUCUACUAGUUUGGAUAAAAUUAAUCGACAGAGACGAUUAGGAAAUGAAAAUUACAACUACCAUAUAGGGUUUGAAAGUAGCUUUCCUCCUACACAUUCAUCCUUCUCAAUGGAUUUCAUGUCAAAAGAAGAGAAUAAAAAGAGUGGACAUAUGAAAAUUGGGGAACCUUCUUCCUUAUCUCCACCCAGGAUAUGGGAAAGUGCAAGGCCAAAGAACACAGAGCCCGCAGGUUGUUCCAUCCAACUAGUUGAAGUACCUGAAGGCAGUAAUAUGAGUCUAGCCUCCUUUUGUGAUAAAGUAAAAAAAAUAAGAGAGACAUAUCAUGCAACUGAAAUUAAUGCCAAUUCUGGGAAGAUCUGGAGCACUGUUACCACAUUUCCACAUCAGCUCUUUUCUAAUACCAAGUUCAAUAUAAAUGUUUUCACUGAUAACUCAACGCAGCCACUUCAUUUUAUGCCAUAUGCUAAUUGUCUUGUCAAAGACCUGAUUGCAGAAAUUCUACAUGUUUGUACACGUGACCACCUGUUCCUCAAAGAUUAUAUUCUAAGUGUACGUGGCUCUGAAGAAUUUUUGCAAAAUGAUCACUGCUUGGGGAGCCACAAAAUGUUUCAGAAAGAUAAAUCUAUUAUUCAACUUCAUCUUCAAAAAAAUAGAGAGUCUCUGGGAAAGUUAUCUCAAAAGCAUGAAGAUGACCACAGUCAGUUUUAUCUAAACCAACUUCUAGAAUUUAUGCAUAUUUGGAAAGUAUCCAGACAGUGUCUCCUAACACUAAUCAAAAAAUAUGACUUCCACCUGAAAAACCUGUUGAAAACCCAGAAAGAUGCAAAGGAGAAAAGUUUAUCAUCAACUUCUCCCAGUGUUCAAAAUGCUUUUCAGGAAAACGUGGAUAAUAUUACUGAAGAAGUUAAAAAAAUAUGCAGUGUUCUAGGAUGUGUGGAAACCAAGCAAAUUACAGAUGCAAUAAAUGAACUAAGUCUGAUUCUUCAGAGAAAAGCAGAGAAUUUUUAUCAAAACCCAGAGACUCCAGCAAAAGGCUUGAUAGAGAAAGUGACAACCGAGCUAUCCACAUCCAUUCACCAGCUAAUCAAUGUGUAUUGUAGCAGCUUUUGUGCAGAUUUUCAGCCUAUGCAUGUACCUGAAAGCACUUUCUGUGUAAAUCCUGGGCUUCAUUCGCACCUUAGCUUCACUGUGUAUGCAGCACACAACAUUCCAGAGACUUGGGUGUACAGCUAUAAAGGCUUUUCUUUUUCCUGUUGGCUUUCAUAUGCUGGGAAGAAGCUGUGUCAAGUGAGAAACUACAAAAAUAUUCCAGUCAAAAAAUUAUUUUUUUUCUUGGUCAACUGGAAUGAAACAAUUAAUUUUCCUCUUGAAAUCAAGUCACUUCCAAAGGAAUCUAUGCUUACUAUAAAACUGUAUGGGAUUGCCUGUGAAACCAACAAUGCAAAGCUACUGGCCUGGACUUGUCUUCCAUUGUUUUCAAAAGAAAAAUCCAUUCUCGGGUCUAGGCUGUUCAGCAUGACGUUGCAGAGUGAGCCACCCAGAGAAAUGAUAGCUCCAGGAGUGUGGGAUGUGAGCCAGCCAUCCCCAGUGACCCUGCAGAUUGAUUUUCCAGCUACUAGGUGGGAGUAUAUGAAACCUGAUUAUGAAGAGACUAGAAUGCUUCUUGAAGAACCACCGAAGGAGUGCUUAAAACAUAUUGCCAGACUGUCACAGAAACAAUCUCCCUUACUACUCUCUGAAGAAAAGAGAAGGUACUUGUGGUUUUAUCGCUACUACUGCAAUAAUGAAAACUGCUCCCUUCCAUUGGUCCUGGGUAGUGCACCUGGAUGGGAUGAAAGGACUGUUUCAGAAAUGCAUGUGAUUUUGAGAAAAUGGACGUUUUCUGACCCUUUGGAGGCACUUGGACUUUUAACUUCCAGUUUUCCAGAUCAAGAAAUUCGUAAAGUGGCAGUUGGACAACUAGACAGCCUCUUGAAUGAUGAACUACUGGAAUACCUCCCACAGCUAGUUCAGGCUGUCAAGUUUGAAUGGAACCUUGAAAGUCCGUUAGUGCAGCUCCUUCUUCACCGCUCAUUGCAAAGCAUCCAGAUUGCCCAUACGCUUUACUGGCUGCUAAACGAUGCGCAGAAUGAAGUUUAUUUUAAAAGCUGGUAUCAGAAGUUGCUGGCCGCUCUCCAAUUCGUUGCAGGAAAAGCCUUGAGUGAUGAGUUUUCCAAGGAGAAGAAACUUAUCAAAAUUCUGGGAGAUAUUGGGCAAAAAGUCAAGUCUGCCAGUGACCACCAAAGACAGGAGGUGCUGAAGAAAGAGAUUGACAGACUAGACGAAUUCUUUCAAGAUGGAAAUACUUGUCACCUUCCUCUGAACCCUGCUCUGUGUAUAAAGGGGAUUGAUCAUGAUGCAUGCUCGUAUUUUACAUCUAACGCUUUGCCAUUGAAGAUUACUUUCAUCAAUGCUAACCCAAUGGGCAAAAACAUCAGCAUUAUUUUUAAGGCCGGAGAUGAUCUUCGACAGGAUAUGCUUGUUCUGCAGAUUAUUCAAGUGAUGGACAACAUUUGGCUACAGGAGGGCCUGGAUAUGCAAAUGAUCAUUUAUAGAUGUCUCUCCACAGGAAAAGACCAAGGCUUGGUGCAGAUGGUGCCUGACGCUGUAACCCUAGCAAAGAUCCAUCGCCAUUCUGGACUGAUAGGACCUCUGAAAGAAAAUACAAUCAAAAAGUGGUUCAGUCAGCAGAACCACUUAAAGGCAGAUUAUGAAAAGGCCCUGAGGAACUUUUUCUAUUCCUGUGCUGGCUGGUGUGUGGUAACCUUCAUCUUGGGAGUCUGUGACCGUCACAAUGAUAAUAUCAUGCUGACAAAGUCAGGCCAUAUGUUUCAUAUCGACUUUGGAAAAAUUUUAGGUCAUGCCCAAACAUUUGGAGGGAUAAAAAGAGACCGAGCCCCUUUCAUAUUUACUUCCGAAAUGGAGUACUUUAUUACAGAGGGUGGAAAAAACCCACAGCAUUUCCAAGAUUUUGUGGAGCUUUGCUGUCAAGCUUAUAAUAUUGUCAGAAAGCACAGCCGACUGCUCUUGAACCUGCUAGAAAUGAUGCUACAUGCAGGACUGCCUGAGCUAAGAGGAAUCCAAGACCUGAAAUAUGUGUAUAAUACUCUUCGUCCACAAGACACCGACCUGGAAGCAACAAGUCAUUUUACCAAGAAAAUAAAGGAAAGUCUGGAGUGUUUCCCUGUUAAGUUGAAUAACUUGAUCCACACACUUGCACAGAUGUCAGCCACAAGCCCUGCCAAACCUACUUCCCGGACUUCUCCACACGGAUGCUGUUCGCUAAGUACAACCAGGUCAAUUCAAAGAGCAACAAUUUUAGGGUUCAACAAGAAACCCAGUAAUCUGUAUCUGAUCCAAGCGACGCAUAGUAACAAUGAGACAAGCCUGACCGAAAAAUCAUUUGACCAGUUUUCAAGACUACAUAGCCAACUUCAGAAGCAGUUUCCAUCCCUGAAUCUCCCAGAGUUUCCUCACUGGUGGCAUUUACCUUUCACGAAUUCAGAUCACAAAAGAUUUAGCGAUCUAAAUCGUUACAUGGAACAGAUAUUAAAUGGAUCACAUGAAGUUGCAAAUAGCGAUUACGUACUCAAUUUUUUUCUCUCUGAGCCUGUACAUCAAACAACUGUAGAAUCAUCAUUUGUGCACCUAGGUGAGAAAUUUUCUGCCAAGAAGCCUCAGGUGCAGUUAGUCAUAUCACACGAAGAUACGAAGCUGACCAUACUGGUGAAGCACAUGAAAAACAUUCAUCUCCCAGAUGGCUCUGCGCCCAGUGCACAUGUUGAAUUUUAUCUUUUACCAUAUCCCAGUGAAGUUUGUAGGAGGAAAACAAAAUCUGUUCCAAAAUGUACAGACCCCACUUACAAUGAAAUUGUAGUAUAUGAUGAAGUCACAGAGCUCCAAGGACAUGUCUUAAUGCUUGUUGUGAAGAGCAAAACUGUAUUUGUGGGAGCAAUUAACAUCCAACUCUGUGGUGUCGUACUCAAUGAAGAAAAAUGGUAUCCACUAGGAAACAGUAUAAUUUGACCACUGCUAUGAACACAUGCAUUAUUCAUUAGCUAGCAUUUUUUUUUUUCAUUUCUAGGCCUCUUUAUCACAUAAGCAAGGCAUCUUUGUAGUCAAAGAUAGCAUAGGGUAUUCUGGACAGAAGAAAAAAAUGAGAAUGAAUGAAAAAUCAGUCUUUUUUUGUUGUUGCUUGUUUUCUAACUAUUCUUGCAUUGUUUUCUUAGAAUAUUAUCUCUUUAGUGAAAUGCCAAUGUGUAAAAUUCAAUAUGCAAAGGAAUAAAAGAACAUUUAAUUUUAAGACAUUUUAAAUCAAACAUAAUAAUGUUCACAUUUUUGUGCAUGUGCUUACACUUAAAAGCAAUAUUUGUAAUAAAUUUUAUU